AUGGGGCCUAAAUACAAAGGCACGAGCGAAGAUGCAAAGAAAUUUCUGCAGGAGAUUCUUGAGCUAGCAGAGAAAGCGAACAUUGACAAUGCGCAUGCAGCGCUUGAAAAGGACAUUGAGGUUAGUGACGCACCGCAACCAGGGAUAUCGGAGCCAGCGGCACCCAUGGGCGCAGCAGCAGCGCAAGUGAAGGAAACAAAACCUGAAGAGGAAUCACGCGAAGACGAAGCACCUGGCGCGGCUUCACCCGAAGAGGAAAUACCAGAAGAGGAAUCGCCCCAAGAGGAAUCACCCCAAGAGGAAUCACCCCAAGAGGAAUCACCCGAAGAGGAAGCACCUGGCGUGGCUUCACCCGAAGACGAGGCGCCUGGUGUGGCUUCACCUGAACUGCAACCGAGAUCCGGCGUCCGUACUUACGGAAAGGGAAGGAGAUUUCCUGCCGGGGAAACUGCUGAAGCGUUUGAAACGGAGAAUAUUCCCUGGACAAAAGGGGACCCACACGAUUGGCCGUGGUGGACUUAUCCGCUGCCCAACGGCGGCGCGAUUAUGGCUGAGAAGAAGACCCAAAGAACGGACAGGCGGCGGUCGGCUCCCAUUAGCUAUUACCUUGUUGAAAUUCCAGUGCAGCAAGAGAAGGACGGUGUGGCUGUUACGUUGUAUCAGCAUAAGCUGGUACGGUAUAGUGACUACCCAACUGAAAUUGACGAAUGGAAAAGGAUAUCAGAGGAAACAGGAUAA